AGAUUGGAACGCGGUCGUCGCGACGCUAUUCAUCGAACUCCAGCCAUACACGUACACGCGCUAGUGAAAAUUUUUAAGUGUUCUUUUUUAAUAUAACUGGUUAUCCAAUUUUUCAAUUUCGGUGUACACCCAACAAUAGAAAGAGGGUUCGCCAUGCUGUGGAUCCUCAUAUUCGCGACAAGUUUACUGGAGGCCACCGGAUCUAGCGCCAUCGGCAAAGUGAGACGCCGCGAACUAGACAAUCAAAUAUACUACGAGAGCUCGGAAAGAUGUGCGUUUCCAUGCACAUGUCCAUCACCACAAGAAAUUUGCGAUGAAUGUCUAGAAUGUCCAAGACAACUUGGGGAACCAUGCAGCGAAGAUAGACCAUGUGAUAUGCAAAAAGGUCUUACAUGUAAAUAUUUACAUGGUGAUACAGAGGGAACUUGUAGAGAGUCCGGCGGCGUGCCAUGCAUCGUCUACAACAGGACGUACGAGCACGGGGAAACGUUCUCCCUGGACUGCAGGACACAAUGUGCAUGUCAGAACGGGACAUACGGAUGUUCCUCGUUGUGCCCACAGGAACACAUAUCACCGAAGGGGUCGUGUCGACAUCCCAGGUUAGUGGACGUACCGGGCCAAUGUUGUAGAGAAUGGAUGUGUGAUGGUCAAGCAGAACAGCCACCAUCGUGUCAACCGGCGUUUUCGAAAUGGUCGCCGUGUAACAAUGAUUGCGGCGGAGGUUUAUCCGUACGUCGCUCUAAUGUUAACGCAAAAUGCGAACCGGAAACUGUAACCCGAAUCUGUCAAAUUAGGAGGUGUGACGACGAACUUUCACCCAUCAUUUACCGCAACACGCAACACCACUUAAGGAGAGGACAUGAAUGCAAAGCCACACAUCGUCUUAGUUCAGCUGUAAAUUUCCGUUUUGGACCCUGCAAAAGCCGAAAGAGAUUUAGACCGAAAUUUUGCGGGCUAUGUCCUGUACCUGGAAUAAUUUGCGAACCCAUUCUAAGUACGACGGUAAAGGUGGAAUUCCUUUGUGAAGGUACCCAAAAAUCUGAGAACGUGAACGAGCUGCUUCCGGAAUAUCUUGAACCGGGUGAAGAUGUUUGGCUUGAUGAAACACCGCAGAAAUGGUGGGAUUCGGAUUACAGGCUUCUUACCGUUUCUGUACAAUGGGUCCUUAAGUGUCGGUGCGGACCAAUUCCCGCGGAUCCUACUUCAAGCAGUGGUGAAGUAAUUUUGCACCGUGUCCAUAGAACUGCCGCACCCUGAGAAGAAAAUCGACUAAGAACGUAUUUAUACUUGGUCCUCAUAUCAAAAAUAAGAAAAUAAAACAAAAUGUGAAAGAGGUAGAAUGAAACCAAUCAAUCAUUUUUGAAUAAGUGAAAUCUCUUAACGAUUUAUUUCUUUUCGGUGUGAUAUUUUACACGAGAAAAGAAUUCGUUUGUUUUCGAAAAAAUUAAAUAAAUAUUUUUCGUGUAACAUAUCAUUAAGAUUAGAAAAUCCUUUCCAGAGACGUAAUUACCAAAGACAAAAACCCUAACGAUAACAAUUAUUUAUUACGAAUUCUUGUAGUCUCUGGUAAGGUGCGUUUUAAGAAUCUCACUAUAUACAAUAUUUAAAAAUAUUAUCUUGUGCCUUUUGAUACUCGAUCAAGAUACGUGAAGAGAGAUGGACAUUGUUUGUGACAUGCAUGUUGGUACGUAUUAAAAAAUGGAAGAAAAAAAAUAAUGUGUAAAUAUAUUUCAUAGGCGUACAACUUGUUAAAUAAUAACAAUAAACGGAUACCUAGUCUUAUAAAUUUAGAAUGCGCGGGAGACGUCGAUGUAUACAAAAGAAGAUGAAAUAAAAAAUAAUAGAUUAUACGUGUUCUCUCUUUAUACACAUUUCGUACGGAAUUUGCAUGCAAUGUAUAUUCUCCCGAUCGAUAAUCUAAACUGACUAUGGUUUGUUUGCAGAUGACGGAAAGUUUGCAUUAUAUUAGUAUAAUGGGCAAACAACUAACAGUAUCCUAAAGUCAACCUUCAUAUUUUUUAAAAUCUUUUUAAUCCUUUAACGCACAAUAUUUUAUUCAAAUUAGUUCAAAAUUUAAAACAGCUCUGGUUUAGAAUAAACAAACAACCAAUUUCAAAGAGAAUAAUAUAACAUUUCAUACAUUAAACUGCGUUAAAGGAUUAAUUCCUGUACAAAGCUAAUAACUUAGAGCUUAUUGUGACAAUAGAAAUUAUGUAAAAUAAGACAGUUUGGAAAUAGUAUCCGAAAAAUAAUAAUAUACGAAUAAGAAUAUAUUGCAUGCGAAUUCUGAUGUAUUUAUUCACGUGAAAGUUGGCUCAGAUCACACCAACUCUGUUCUGGACAUCGGGAAAGUCGUGAUUGUAAUACCCUGUUAGUAAUAUUUUGUUACCUGUUUCAUAUAAUACAUGUACAUUUUUGCUAUAAGUACCAAAUAAAAUGUAAUUCACUAGGGUUA